AUGGAGGCUUCACUCCCGCGACCCGGGAGCCGGCUUUUCCGAACGUAUGGGGCUGCGGGCGGCGGGAGGCCGCGGCUGCGACCGGUCCGCGCAACCGCGCAGUGGUUCCCGCCGCAGGACCAGAAGCGUUUCUUUAGCAGCAGCGGCAGCGGCAGCAGCGAGACCAGCAUCGGCGGCCUUUCGCAGUCUGUCGCUUCCGAUGAUCCUGACGACCCGGACUUCUCUGGCAGCCCGGGUGGUCGACGGCGGAAGCGCCCUGGCGGCCGAGUCCCAGAGGACAGCCCGAACCAGUCCGUGACCCCAAAACGCCUGAGGCUGCGACCUCGGCCCCCGCAGAAGUGCAGCACUCCCUGCGGCCCCCUCCGACCGCCGCCCUUACCCAGCCGCACCCCGGAGCCCCUCAGCCCGGACCUCAGCGUGUGCAGCCGGCCCACGAACUGCGACGAGCUGGGCACCAGCGCCUCCCUAUUCAGCUGCCCGGCCUCGCCCGGCCCCGAGUCCCCAGCACCAAGGGGCAGUAUCAUCUCCACUUGCCCCUCCGCCUCUCUGGAUGCAGCAUCUGCAGUCCCGAACGGCUUCCACUUCCCGGAAACCUCCCUGGACCAAGCAUCUCUCCCCUGCUCCCAGAGGGCAGCAGCAGAAGGAGGCAGGUUCACCAGGAUGGUCCACCAAGCCCGUGCCAGCCUCAGGUCAGCUCUCUUUGGUUUGAGCCUUAUGGACUCUGGGAACUCUGAGGAUGCUGAGUUUGGGGCAGACGGGAAGAAUAUGAAGGAGGCCUGCUGUGGAAGGGAACUAGUGGGAAACAGACUGGAGUGCCCAGGUCCAUCAAGAACAGGUAAGAAGAGGGCCACAGACCAGGACUCUUGUCGAGAGAUUGGGUCUCAAGGGGCUGUCCAAAUAGAAUAUAAGGAGGCCACUGGAUGUACUGUACCUGGGGGAAUCGACAGGCCUGAGAGAACUGGACGACGACAGAAAAGGAAACAUCAGGAGGCAGUGGAAAACUCCCUCCUCCAUUACCACCAGUUUAAAAAGGGCCAAAAGAUGGGAAAAGAUCCAUUCCUCACCCAGGACGUGACUCAUGUACAGAAUGCCUGCCCUUGGACCAAAACCAGGGCCUCAUUCAGUUUUCAUAAGAAGAAAAUUGUGACUGAUGUGUCAGAGGUAUGCAGCAGCUAUACCAUUGCCAGUUCUCUCUCUGGGUCCCUCAUAUCAGAAUAUUCAAACCCUCCUGUCAUGAACAGAACAAAUGGUGCUCUGUCCUCUAGGCACUCCUCUUCUAUGUACUUGCUAAGCCCCUUAAAGACUCUACGUAUUGCAAACAAAAAGGCAUCUGAUGCUGAAAAGGUUUAUGGGGAAUGCAAUCAGGAAGGACCCAUCCCCUUUAGCCAUUUUUUUUCCACAGAAAAACUGGAACACUGUGAGAAGAUUGGGGAAGGGGUGUUUGGUGAAGUGUUUAAAACAAUUACUGAUUGCACACCUGUAGCCCUAAAAAUCAUUGCUAUUGAAGGACCAGAUUUAGUCAAUGGAUCCCAUCAGAAAACCUUUGAGGAAAUCCUGCCAGAGAUCAUCAUCUCCAAAGAGCUGAGUCUCUUGUCUGAUGAGGUAUGCAACCGCACAGAAGGCUUUAUUGGGCUGAACUCAGUGCACUGCGUUCAAGGGUCCUACCCUCCAUUGCUCCUCAAAGCCUGGGAUCAGUAUAACUCAACCAAAGGGUCUGCAAAUGACCGGCCUGACAUUUUUAAGGAAGACCAACUCUUCAUUGUGUUGGAAUUUGAGUUUGGAGGGAUUGACUUAGAGCAAAUGAAAAAGAAGUUGUCUUCCAUGGCUACUGCAAAGAGCAUUCUACACCAGAUCACAGCAUCCCUCGCAGUGGCAGAGGCAUCACUGCACUUUGAGCACCGAGACUUACAUUGGGGGAAUGUGCUCCUAAAAAAAACCAGCCUCAAAGAGGUCCCCUACACCCUCAAUGGGAAGACAAACACCAUCCCCACCUGUGGGCUGCAAGUCAACAUCAUUGACUACACCCUGUCACGCUUAGAACGGGAUGGGAUUGUGGUUUUCUGUGACAUUUCCAUGGAUGAGGACCUAUUUACAGGUGAAGGUGACUACCAGUUUGAGAUCUACAGGCUCAUGCGUAAGGAGAAUAACAACUGCUGGGGUGAAUAUCACCCUUAUAAUAAUGUGCUCUGGCUACAUUACCUCACAGAUAAGAUUCUGAAACAAAUGACCUUCAAGACCAAAUGUAACACCUAUGCCAUGAAGCAAAUGAAGAGAAAGAUCCAGUAUUUCCAUAAGACAAUGCUGAACUUCAGCUCUGCCACUGACCUGCUCUGCCAACACAGUCUAUUUCAGUGA